AAACAUACACGCGCCCCGCGUCACUGUUCAACCUGCUGACGCUGAUGCUCGACGAACUUAAAUGCUGAGUUCGAAUCGUAGUCAGACAGGGAAUUCAAAAAUUUCACAGGUGUAGAAGGGGCAGGAAUCGAGCCGGGUCUGUGGUCUCGUCGUUUCAAACUUUUCUCUGGACCGUGGGCGGUAAAAGGGUUUCAAUUCUAUUUCUUUUUCACUAGGUCCGCUGUUGUUAGGGUUUCCGGUCUUUGUUUUUGUGGUUGUGUUGAAUUCAAGUGAGAUAAGUACUAGGUUUUUGUGUUGUUGUUUUCAAUUGGUGAAUAGUUUAGAUUCCUCUGUGAAGUUAGAGGAUAUGGACGGGAGGAGAAUAACGGCGAGUCCGAGACCCUGCUGCGGUCGGCGGGUGGUGGCGAAGAAGCGGCCCCGCGGUGGUUUAGAUGGGUUUGUUAAUAGCGUGAAGAAGCUCCAGAGAAGGGAGAUAUCCUCGAAGCGCGACCGUGCUUUCAGCAUUAGCGAUGCUCAGGAGCGAUUUCGCAACAUCCACCUGCAGGAGGAAUAUGAUACCUAUGAUCCCAAAGGAUAUGGUCCAUUGUCGUUGCCAUUUCUGAAGAAAAGGGCAAAAAUUAUAGAGAUAGUUGCUGCCCAUGAUAUUGUUUUUGCUCUUGCACAAUCGGGUGUCUGUGCAGCAUUUAGCAGAGAGACCAACGAGAGGAUUUGUUUUCUGAAUGUUUGUCCAGAUGAGGUUAUAAGGAGCUUGUUUUACAACAAGAAUAAUGAUUCACUCAUCACUGUUUCUGUUUAUGCUUCUGACAAUUUCAGCUCCCUAAAAUGCAGAACCACAAGAAUUGAAUACAUACGCCGUGGUAAACCUGAUGCUGGUUUCCCAUUGUUUGAGUCUGAGUCAUUGAAGUGGCCAGGCUUUGUGGAAUUCGAUGAUGUGAAUGGAAAAGUUCUUACUUACUCUGCACAGGAUAGCAUAUACAAAGUGUUUGACUUGAAAAACUAUACAAUGCUAUACUCAAUUUCCGAUAAACAUGUUCAAGAGAUUAAAAUCAGUCCUGGAAUAAUGCUGUUGAUAUUUACCAAAUCCCAGAGUGGUGUUCCUCUAAAGAUUCUUAAUAUUGAAGAUGGGACUAUUCUCAAAUCAUUUAGCCAUCUUCUCCAUAGAAACAAGAAGGUGGAUUUUAUCGAACAAUUCAAUGAAAAGCUUCUGGUCAAGCAAGAGGAUGAGAACCUCCAAAUUGUUGAUGUUCGCAACAAUGAGAUAACAGAAGUUAGCCGAACUGAAUUCAUGACCCCGUCCGCAUUCAUAUUCUUGUACGAGAACCAGUUAUUCUUGACUUUCAGAAACCGGACGGUCGCUGUCUGGAACUUCAGAGGCGAGCUCGUGACCUCGUUUGAGGAUCAUCUUUUAUGGCACCCUGAUUGCAACACCAACAACAUAUACAUCACAAGCGAUCAGGACCUCAUAAUCUCCUAUUGCAAGGCAGAUGCCGAUGAACCACUUACUGAAGGAAAUGCAGGAUCCAUCAACAUCAGCAAUAUCUUGACAGGGAAAUGCUUGGCGAAGAUAAAAGCAAGCAACAGCCAACCCACAGACACAGACGAAUGCAAUAGCAGCAGCCCAAGUUGCAGUAAAAGAAAGCGCAGCUCCAGCAAACGCUCCCGAGCUUCAAGAAUCCGAAGCACUGUUGCAGAGGCACUGGAAGACAUCACUGCCCUAUUCUACGAUGAAGAUCGCAAUGAAAUAUAUACUGGAAACAGGCAAGGCCUUGUCCAUGUCUGGUCAAACUGAGAGCAUCAGCCCUAUUCCCUUAAAAAAGGGAUCAUUCGGUAUGUCAUUAUACUUUGCAUACAUUCAUUGAGCUUGGUCUUUUCGUAGUGUUCUUAAACUUAUACAAUCGGAUCAUGUCGCCGUGUAGAUGUGUUCCAUAAGUUCCGAGGGCUCUCGCGGGAGCCAUUGUAGUGUAAUAAUAGUUCUAGGGUUGAACCAAUGAUGCUUGUGUAAUGGAUUUGUUAGGUGUGAUUUGUGUGCUCUACAAAAUUGCUUGUUUGCUUCA